GUUAUUGGCUUGAUCUAGUGGAACGCUGGAAUUGGAGGCCAAACUUGCUCCCUUGCUUUUGCUCCCCCACUUUUGAGCAGCGCAGCCCAGCUUUGGAGCUGAUCCCUCUGUAGUUUCACUGAUGACGACGGAGAAGGCGGCGGUGGAGGGAUCCACGCCGGAGUCUGCUCCGCUGCUGCUGGAGCCGGUGCUGAAGGACGUCGAGGAGGCGAAGGCCCCCAUCGUGCCGGCGCCGGAGGAGAGGCCUAAAUUUUCUAAGCUCCUCGCCGACGCUCAAAAUCAUGAGGAACUUUCAGCAGACUCUAGGUCAACUGACCGAGGUGCUAUCCUUGCAAGAGCUUUAACAGAGAAGAGAUUGUCUUUGAUCAAGGCAUGGGAGGAAAAUGAAAAGGUUGAAUCAGAAAAUAAGGCUGUAAAGAAGGUAGCAGAAAUUGUUGCCUGGGAGAACUCAAAGAAGGCAGAAGUAGAAGCUAAGCAGAAAAAGAAAGAGGAAAAGUUGGAAAAAAAGAAGGUAGAAUAUGCAGAGAGAAUGAAAAACAAAAUAACCUCAAUUCACAAAGAAGCCGAAGCCAAGAAGGCGAUCGCCGAGGCCAAGCAAGGCAAAGAGGUUAUGAAGGUCGAAGAGAAGGCAGCAAAGUAUCGCUCUACUGGGCUUGCUCCAAGGAAGAUUUGGGGAUUUUUAGGGAGGUGAAACCUGACUGUUGCUGGACAACCUCAACAUAUAACUGAAACUUAAUCUGCUUAGCAAUUCCUGUGCUUUAUGUUGUGUGAAUCCUUCAGGUGCAGCUUCUAUUGGUUUAUUUUAUUGAUUGCUCAGAGGUUAGUUGGCUUUCUAGUGUGUGUGAUAUCUGUUAACUCUUGCAUGACUAUGUUGAUGUAGUUUACAUGAACAGAAACAUCUUGUGCAAAAGUGUACUCAAUUUUUAUUUUCAAAAAAAAACAUAUUGUGUACUUAAUCUGACAAUGUAAGUUUCAGCUUAAGACAACUGAUGCAAUGCAGUUCUCGUAA